AAACUCCCCAUCACCUAACACAAAGCUACCUUUCCAAUAUUAGUAUUUAUUGUUCAACAAAUCUAGGAGGCUAUUCCAUGUGUACCCAUCACAUUAAAAAACAUCAAGGUUAUGUUAUUACUUUAUGAAGAAUUGUGACAAUAACGAGUUGGAAUGACUAAAUUUUCUUGUGUGUGUCCCAAAAUUUUGGGGUGCUAAUUUCUAUAGUGGGUAAAUGGAAGAAAUAUUGAUGCUUGAAUUAAACAGUUUGCGUCGAUUGAGAAUGAGUUGUUGGAGUCGUCUUCAUCUGAUUGCAGUAGUCAUUCAAUUUUGCUUUUCCUUUCUUUAAAUUAUCAUCAUACAAAACCAAUCACAUUAGCCUUGUUCAUGAUGGGAUUUCCUUCCUUUGUUGCUGAAACCACUCAUUUCCGAUAUUGUUCUAACUUUAGCAAGGCCCCAUCUAGUGUGGAAAAUGCCAUAAAGUUAGAAUAAAAUACUUGGAUAGCAAGCACUUUUCGUAUUGCCUUUGAGGUGGGUGAUUUUGCAUUCCUUUUGUAUUGCGGAAGCAAGCCAUGGAUGAAGAUAACAACAUUGAAGAGAGGCUGCUGAGUUUCAAAGAAGAAGAAGGUAGCAAUUUGAAGCGCAGAAUCUGUAGUGAAUCGAAGAAAAUAUGGAGGAUUGCAACUCCCGGUGUGAUCUCAAGAGUGAGUUCAUUUGGAACCAUAGUGGUAACGCAGUCAUUCGUUGGGCACAUAAGCGCGGUGGAUCUUGCUGGCUACGCACUCGUUCAAACCCUCAGCGUCCGCUUUGUGAAUGGAAUACUGAUUGGGAUGUCGAGCGCAACAGAGACUCUAUGUGGGCAGGCAUACGGGGCGAAGCAGUAUCACAUGAUGGGAAUCUAUCUCCAGAGAUCAUGGAUCAUUGAUCUCAUCACACUCCUCAUCCUGCUUCCUGUCUUCCUCUUCGCCACUCAAAUCUUCAACCUCCUCGGCCAGGAUGGAGCCAUCGCCAAAUCUGCUGGAUACAUCUCUCUCUGGUUCAUCCCGUUCGUCAUCAGCCUCAUCUUCAGCCUCACCGUGCAGAUGUACCUGCAGGCGCAGCAGAAGAAUCUCAUCAUCGCCUGGCUCUCGGCUCUGCAGUUUGCCCUCCACCUUCUCUGUUCCUGGCUCUUUGUCUUUGUUCUUGAGCUUGGACUGCCUGGCGCGAUGGCUGCCCUCUGCAUAUCUUCGUGGUUUCUGGUUGUCGGGGAGUUCGUCUACAUCUUUGGCGGGUGGUGCCCCGAGACGUGGAAGGGCUUCUCCAUUGCUGCAGCCAAGGACUUGUGGCCGGUUUUCAAGCUCUCUGUAUCAUCCGGUGCCAUGAUCUGCCUUGAACUUUGGUACUACGCCAUUCUGGUGUUGCUGGCUGGCUACACCACAGAUGCUCAAGUCUCCAUCUCUGCCUUCUCCAUUUGGUAUCCAAUGUCUCUCUACACACAUUUAAACAUUGUAGCUGUGAGUAAAAUAGUGGGAGUUUCCAUUUUCAGCCUCAACAUCAAUGCUUGGAUUGUGAUGAUCAUCCUCGGCAUCAUGGGCGCUGCAUGCGUUCGUGUUGCAAACGAGCUUGGCAGUGGAAAUGCGGAAGCGGUGAGAUUCUCAAUCAAAGUGAUAAUGGCCAUCUCACUCACAAUGGGGAUUGUGUUCUGGAUCCUCUGCUUGGCUUUUGGGAAGAGCAUCGGAUACUUGUUCACCAACGAGGAGGAAGUGGCGGAGACAAUCUCAGGCCUCUCGAUCCUGCUAGCAUUCACAGUGUUGCUUGGCAGCAUCUUCCCGGUGCUCUCGGGUGUGGCUGUGGGAUCAGGGCUACAAAGCAAGGUGGCAGUGAUCAACCUGAUCUGCUUCUAUGGGAUUGGGUUACCUGUUGGAAUUGUUCUUGGAUAUUGGUUUAAUCUUGGUGUUCAGGGCAUAUGGGUUGGGCUGACUGGAGGAGUUCUGACUCAGACAUGUUCAUUGAGCACCUUGAUAUGGAGAACAAACUGGGAUGAAGAGGUAUCCAAAACAUCAGCACGUCUCAAGAAAUGGUAUUUGGAAUCACCGUCGGAUAAUGAUAAGAACAUUGAAUGCUAAGUUAUAAUGCAGCAACAAUAUGUAUGUAUCUUGGUUUCAACUAAUUUCAAGCAUUUGAAUAAUGUAAUUGACACACCCCACUAGCUUAUUUUUGUA